UGAACACAGGGUAGAGCACUAAUGCAGGAAGUGCAUUUAACCAAGCUUCUGGUGGUGAGAAUCAGGUGUGUAGAACAGGAAGCAGACAGUUUUUGACCGUGUCUUUGUGGCAGUUGUUAGCUUCGCUGGCGUGCUUGUAUCUGAAUUUGCUGAAUGGAAACAGCAACGCUGCUAUCUACCGGUGUUAUGGAACGUUUGGGGCCUCUGGCUUCCUGACCACGGGUCUGAUCCUCCGCUGAGUCACGCUCACCAUUAACUUCUCCUGCUCGCCCACGGCAUAAUGAAGAGCCUGUCCCCUUCCUCCGGUGACUCUGCAGUAAAGCCUAGCUGACUGAUCAGUCAGGCACCAGCUUGGGAGUAAGGCAGCGUCUCCGUCUCUCAGCGAUGUGUCACGUGCUGACUGAUAUCAGAACGCUUGCCCCGUAUUUCCCUUUAUAUUCCCCUCACCUGUGGACUCACCUGUCCCCGGAAAUACGCCACUGAAGUCUGUGAGGCCACAGUCCAGGAGUCCAGAGGGCUGUUUGGGACUGGCCGAGCGUCUCGCACUCGGAAGGUUUAGUUACAAACAGGAUCUUAUAUAUGAUUUCAAAAUACAUUUUUCAGGAAACAAGAAUUUUCUGAAAAUAUACUGAAGAUGGAAGCGAAAUAGCCAAGAUUGAGAAGGCAGAGAUAUUAAAGUGAUCUUUAUAAACAGUGCUUCUUAGCUGCAGUUUGUAUAAGUUUCAGUAGGUAAAACUGAAACUAAACUACUGUAUUCAGCAGAAGUUAUUACUGAGUCCAGAACAAACUGAGACAGAAUGGCAUCUGGAUCUUCUCUCCUGGAAGAGGAGCUCUCCUGUCCUGUGUGCUCUGAAAUCUUCGGGGAUCCUGUUGUCCUGAGUUGCAGUCACAGCUUCUGUAAGGCCUGUCUGCAGCAGUACUGGGAACAGAAGGGAUCUCGGGAGUGCCCAGUUUGCAGGAGAAGAUCUUCUAAGGAUGAACCUCCUCGUAACCUGUCUCUGAGGAAUACCUGUGAGGCGUUCUUAAAGGAGAUAAGUCAGAGAGCUAAAGCAGGAUCUGAAGUGCUCUGCAGUCUGCACAGUGAGAAACUGAAACUCUUCUGUUUGGUGGAUCAAAUACCUGUCUGUGUUAUCUGCCAAACUUCAAAAAACCAUGAAAACCACAAAAUGCGACCAGUAAAGGAGGCUGCAGAAGAGUGUAAGGAGAAACUCAGGACUGCACUAGCUCCACUGCAGGAGAAGCUUAAAGCCUUUAAUGCUGUGAAACUAGUCUGUGAACAAACAGCAGAGCACAUCAAGAGCCAGGCCCAGCGCACUGAGAGACAGAUAAAGAUGGAGUUUGAGAAACUUCAGCAGUUCCUAAAAGAUGAAGAGGCAGCCAGGAUCACUGCACUGACGGAGGAAGAGGAGCAGAAGAGUCAGAUGAUGAAGGAGAAAAUUGAGAAGAUGACAGAAGUGAUAUCAUCCCUUUCAGAACAAAUCAGAGCCAUAGAACAGGAGCUGGGAGCUGAAGACAUCUCAUUCCUGCAGAGCUACAAAGACGUGGAGAAACGAGCCCAGUGCACACUGGCGGAUCCAGAGAAGGUCUCAGGAGCGCUGAUUGAUGUGGCCAAGCACCUGGGCAAUCUGAAGUACAGAGUGUGGGAGAAGAUGCUGGGGACUGUUCAAUACACUCCUGUGACUCUGGACCCAAACACAGCACAUCCCAAACUCUCACUGUCUGAGCAUCUGACCAGUGUGAGACUCAGUGAUGAGAGACAGCAGGUUCCUGAUAAUCCAGAGAGAUUUGAUGGGUGGCGGUGGUGUGUGCUGGGCUCUGAGGGAUUCAGCUCAGGGAGACACUGCUGGGAUGUAGAGGUGGGGGGUGAGCACUGGGUGGUGGGUGUGGCUAAAGAGUCCAUCAGCAGGAAAAGGUUUGUGGAUUGGAGUCCAGCAGGAGGAGUGUGGAGUAUAGAGCAGGAUAGUGGGAGAUACUCAGCCUGGACCUCCCCACCUAAAGUCCUCACUGUGCGGAGGGAACUGCAGAGGGUCAGAGUGCAGCUGGACUGGGACAGGGGGGAGGUGUCAUUCUCUGACCCCAGUGACAACACUCCUCUCUACACUUUUAAACACUCCUUCACUGAGAGAGUCUUUCCAUUCUUCUGGUUUGGUCCUCUGCAGAUCUGUCCACUGAAGGUGUCUGUAAGAGUGGAAUAGUGCUGUGGGAUUGUGGGUAAAAUCAGGUGAAAAGAACUGAAUUCCAUCACCUCUGAGCAGGUUUCAUUAAAAUAUUUUCCAGUCAAACAAUAUAAACAAAAUAUGAUUUUUUAAAAACAUUCUGUAGUUUUUCCAUGAGAAUUGUCUAAUUUCUAUGAUAUAACCUCACAAUGUUAUUACUGUGCUAUAUGGUGGUAAUGUAAGUAUGUUGGUUUUUGUGUAAUCAGUUGAAGUGUAAUAAAUGCACCAGUGGAAUCAC